GGGAAGCAAGUUAAGGAUCUGUGCAAGAAGGAGGGUGAUACUGCUGUUAAAUUAUACAAUGUUACGUUGUAUAACAACAGCAUGCAGGGGUGGUUAUAGAAAGUCUGCUAUACUGUGAGCUGUCUGAUUUUGUUUUGGGGGAGUACAAGCAGAGCAGCAGGAUUUACCCACCCCUGCACUUAUACUUUGUGCUCAUCUGGAAGUGAACACCAACAGACUGUUUAUUUCACUCACACAAUAAUAACAUGGGCCCUGUAGGAACUUUUAAUAUCCAGCAAGAAACUUUUAUAUAUAUGUAUGGAGCAUUCCAUUGGUUUAGAAGGAGCCCUAUUUAUCUCUCUCUUUUUGCUUAUUUUUGUUUACCAAGGAUUUUGCGAAGUUGCCUGACAACAUGUGACGCAGGGCCCUUGGCAGCCAAACAAAUAAUUCUCUCAUACUCACUGAGCUCAGCGAAUAGACUUGGUGCAUGGGAAUAACUUGGGAGGGGCAAAGGUGGAAGCUUAUUUCCUCGAUGCACUGACUUUGUGCAGGAUUUGAUGGUUAUUGGAGCUAUAUUUGGGUAUGGGGUCACAGGGGGUGCCGCAGUUGUGGUUGCUGACUGUCUGGACGGCACUGUACAUCACAGCUUCUUUUGGAGCUAAAGAUCAUGCUUUCACCAUACUCCAUGAACAGAGCAUGAAAUGCCUCCAGUAUGACAAUAGUCGGAUCUCAACUGUCAACUGUUCUGCAGAAAAUGAGGCCUUGUUAUGGAAAUGGGUCUCCAGCCACAGACUCUUCCACUUGCGCUCCCAGAUGUGCCUUGGGAUUGACCUCACAAGUCCACAGGAUCCUUUAAAAAUGGUUCCAUGCAACUCACAUUUAAUGCUGUGGUGGAGAUGCCAUGAUGGGUCUAUAUAUGGGGCGUCAAAAUACAGACUGACAGAAAAGGGUGGAACUGUGACUGCAAGCUUCUCUUCCAAUGAUACAUGGAUAAGAGAUAACACUCCUGAAAGUGUGUGUGAACUCCCAUACCAUGUUAUAUAUACCAGAGAAGGUAAUUCCAAUGGUGUGGCCUGUGAGUUUCCCUUUCUCAGAAAUGGAACUUGGCAUCAUGACUGUAUCAAGGAAGUGAAUGGCACCAAAGAAUGGUGUGCCACCACCAGCAAUUAUGAUACUGAAAGAAAAUGGGGAUUUUGCUUAAAACCAGUAAAUGGAUGUGGGGAGAGUUGGACAGAGAACCUUCAGAGCUGCUACCAGUUUAAUAUGGAUUCCAGUCUGACAUGGAAGGAAGCUUACAUUUCCUGCCAGAACCAAGGUGCUGAUUUACUGAGCAUCUCUUCCCCAGACGAACUAAAGGAAAUUGCUCAAACUAAAAACCUAACUGAUUUGGUAUGGAUUGGACUAAAUCGUUUAGACACGUCUGGAGGCUGGCAGUGGUCUGACAAUACACCUCUGAGUUUCAUCACCUGGGAUAAAGACAUAAGUGAAUUUUCUGUACUUGAUGGACUGAGCUGCGGGGCACUCGAUGGAAACACUGGCAGCUGGCGAAAUUAUAACUGCGAAAGGUCUUUCCCUUAUAUUUGUGAGAAGACGCGUGAAACAAAGACUCAGACACCAGAUUCCUGGUUUUUUACUAAGACAGACUGUGAGCUACACUGGAUGCCGCAUAAUGGAUUUUGCUAUAUGCUGGAGCAACCAAGUUUGUGGGACAAUGCUACUGAAUUCUGCAGGCACAGAGGGGCAGAACUAAUGAGCAUUCAUUCAUUGGCAGACAUAGAAAUGGUGGUAACAUCAUUUCAGGCUGAAAAUGACAUUUGGUCUGGGCUUAAAAAUGAUGAAAUGCCUGCUUUAUUUAAAUGGUCUGAUGGGACAGAAACAGACUUUACCUACUGGGAUCGGAAUGAACCAAAUGUUAAUGUCAUAAUGGCUCCAAACUGUGUUUCCUUCUCAGGAAAAUCUGGUCGUUGGAAUGUCAGAUCCUGUAAUGAGAAUUUAAAAUAUAUAUGCAAGAAAAAAGGCACUGUGAAUAACGAGACAAAGGUUGAUGUGGACUGUCAGCAGGAUCAGGGUUGGAGAAGGCAUGGACAUUUCUGCUAUAUGGUCGACAUGAAUGAGGUGCUGUUUGGACCCGAAAGCAAUCUCACUGUGACAAACAAAUUUGAACAGGAAUUCCUGAACAGCCUCAUUCUGGAGCAAAGCAAAACUGAGGGGAAAUAUUUCUGGACUAGUCUAAGAGAUGUAAAUUAUACAGGAGAUUAUUGGUGGGAAACCCCAAAUGGCACCAUGGAUAUGACUUAUGCAAACUGGAAUACACUGCAGCCAGCUUUCCCAGGUGGGUGUGUGGCCAUGGCAAGCGGACCAUCCAUUGGUAAAUGGGAGGUGAAGGACUGUAAUACCUUUAAAGCAAAAUCUAUCCGCAAAAAAAGAAUUGGAUCUUCAGAACCAGAAGAACCGGUAUUACCAACCCCUAAAGGACAAUGCCCAGAUGGUUGGCACCCUACGCAACGUUACUGCUAUAAACUCUUUCACUAUGAGCGCCUUUUAAGGACAAGGACUUGGGAGGAGGCUGAAGGUUUCUGUGAGGAGCUUGGUGGGCACCUUGUGAGCUUCACUCAUAAUGAUGAACAGGAAGAAUUAUAUAUGUACCUAAAAUCAGUGAUCAGUAAUGUUCGAUGGUUAUGGUCUGGGUUGAACAAAAGGGAUCCUGGUCUGCAUGGCAGUUGGCAGUGGAGUGAUGAACGGCCAGUCUCUUCUGUGUAUGUACCAUCCAAUUCUCAAGAAGAUGAUUACGACCUUCGGGACUGUGUUGCAUUUAGGUUUAACAAGCUUGAUCCUUUUCCAUUGGAACACUGGGAGGGGCCCUGGGGAAUGCCUUUGAGAAGGCCGUGGAGGCUUUGGCAUAAACCUGAAGUACUUAUUUCCCUCAAACCAUUUCAUUGUGAAGCCUCUCUUGAGUGGAUGUGCCAGGUUGCUAAAGGGGAGUUCAAGAAGCCUGCUUGGUACCAACCAGACAAUAGCAGUUCUGCUAACUCUCUCAUUGUCGACAGCGAUGAGUUUUGGUUUGUGUCUGAUAAGCAGCUCACUUACAGUGAAGCAGCUUUAUAUUGUGCGGCUAUGGACAGUGACUUGGCUUCUGUUAAAUCACCACAUGCCUUGAGGACCAUCCAGAACCACCUAAAAAAAGCCCAGAAUUUUACCGCACUAACAAAAUGGUGGCUUAAAUCCAUUAAUUAUGGAGAUACAUUUCAGACCCACGGACCCCAUUACUAUUUGAGAGGUUUUAGGCACUGCAUGGAAAUAUCAGGAUACUUUUGGUUCACAGGUUAUGGUAGAGAAAAUAACUGCAAUGAAAGGCAACCUUUUAUUUGCCAAAAGCAAAAUUUGACCUUACUGGAGAAAGACUCCCAGAAACCUACUCAGUUUAAGGGGGAAUGCCCAAAAAAUUGGACAUCAUUUGGAGAUAAGUGUUUUCUGAUAUUGCCAAAGCCCAAAUACUUGUCCUUUCAAAAGGCAGAGGAAGAGUGCAGUACCUAUGGAGGAGUGCUUCCAGUUAUUGCCAACCAACUGCAACAAGAUUACAUCACAACCUUGCUUCCGAAACUGCAGUCAAAAUUGUGGAUAGGAUUGACUUCUGUAAAUCAAAGCAUACCAAAGUGGGUCGAUGGCCGGAGCUAUUUGUAUGAAAACUUCCACCCACUUCUAAUGGCAAGAAUGAGAAGCAACCCAGUCAAUUUGUUUUUUGAUGCUGAUAGCCAUUGUUUUUUCAUUCAAAAUGAUCCAAGAUUGGCAGCUUUUGGAACAUGGGAUAUAACAUCAUGUGAUGAUCAGCAGUUUGUGUCUAUUUGCCAGAAGGAUAAAGCGAUGAAUGGAAACAACACUCAGAGCAUCUCGUCUGAAGAUUUGGAAUUCAAAGAUCACAAAUACAAGAUUAUCCAAAGAAAUGUGACGUGGUACUCGGCCCUGUUAGAAUGCAACAACCACAGUAUGGAAUUGGCCAGUAUUACAGAAAAGUAUCAGCUUGCCUAUCUCUCUGUCCAAGUCAGCUCCUUGGAUCAUCCAAUGUGGAUUGGGCUGACUAGCAGCAAUGAUGGAGUCAACUAUCAAUGGCAAGAUGGAAAGCAAGUAGUUCUCAGUAAAUGGUCCGAAGAUGAAGAAGAAGAGGAGCAAUGUGUAUACAUUGACACAGAUGGUUUCUGGAAGACAAUGAGUUGUGACGCUGAGCUGCCAGGAGCAUUCUGUCAUUUUGUCAAAGAAGAUCCCAAGAAGAAACAACUUGAUAAUACACAGGCUUGUCCUCAUAAAAUUGGUGAAAAGCCAUGGAUUCCUUUCCGGAACAAUUGCUAUACCUUUAUCUUAAAACAUGAUCGAUGGAACCAAAAUAAAAAUGAAGAUGAACGCUUUCAUUGCAAAAUGCUCAACCCAGAUUCAAAUAUUCUGAGCAUCAAAGAUGAGGAUGAAAAAGAGUUUAUAUUAAAGGAACUCAUACCAUACAGCGACUAUGUUCAGUGGGUGUUGCUGGGAAUGCAUUAUAAUGCAAUCGAGAGAAAGUUCCAGUGGGAUGACAAGACCUUUGUGACAUAUUCAAACUGGAGGUGGGGAAGAGAAGCUACCAAUCACAGUUUCUUGGCAGUUAUGGCCUCAGAUGGAUAUUGGGAUAUACUUAAGUUGAAUAUGGGUGACUUGUUUUUCUUCAAACAUAAAACCGCCUUGGUCUGCAAGUUGGAACUGGACAGGCUUGACAACACCAGUUACCAGGCUCCAUCUAUGUCCUAUCAAAACACUCAGUACCAUAUUAUCGAAAAGAAGGUAAACUGGCAUGAAGCUAUUAAAGAAUGCAGAAAGAUGGGCAGCCAUCUAGCCAGUGUGCACAGUGCGGACCAGGAGGAUUUCUUACAAGAAAUUGUGAAGCAUGAUGGUUUUCCACUUUGGAUUGGAUUAUCAAGCCAAGAAGUAGAUACUUCCAGCUAUGAGUGGUCUGAUGGUAAUAGUUAUGAUUACUUUCCUGUGGGGUACGAAGUGCCAAGAAUUAUCGGAAACUGCGGUUUUCUGGACACAAAGGGAUUCUGGAAUUUGAAAAACUGUAUGGAACCCUUAAAUGGUGCAAUCUGCUACAGUUCAAGUACAAUGAAAUCAAAGGCUGAUUAUGCUUUAUGUUCAGACACCCCUGGAGAAGGAGUGUGGGUGCGCAAGAACAAUUUUUGCUAUGGAUUUGACGAAAGCCUUUAUAAUUAUUCUGUGUUCAGCAGUGAGAGAGCCAGCAGUAUCUGCCACAACCUAGAUCCAACGUCUGAGGUGCUGUCCAUUACCGACGUAGAAGAAAAUGAAUUUGUCAGCCAAUAUCUAAAAGCGAAUGCCUUCAUCACCAAUAAAGUCUGGCUUGGUUUGGAUCCACUGUCUUUCAGCAAGGAGCUGAAAUGGUUGGAUGGCACCUCUAUACAAUAUACCAACUGGGGCAUAGAAGAUGAGACAGCCAAGUAUCAUUGUGCCAUUUUCUAUCCAGAAACCGGGGUAUGGCACAAGGUGUCCUGCGUGCCGGGCCAUGCUAGAGUUGUCUGCAAAGCACCCCUCAAGUCCGUGAAAACUGGAGCUGCUAUUGGAUUUGCUGUAUUAAUUAUUGUUCUCCUGCUCAUUGGCCUUGUGGUAUAUUUCUACAAAACCCAAAGACCCUAUUUCUCUUCGACAGUUCGCUACCAACGCACUGAUGAUGAAACAGAGACCAUGGUUGUAAACUCUCUUGAUUAGAACUCUGGUACAAAACAUUGGUUUUAAUUUGCACAGGUUGUGUGUUUUACUGUUUGCGUCUGUUCUGUUUUUUUAUUAUAAUAUUUUAUCUGACGGCUUAAUUUAUUUUGAUGUGUUAGAUGCGGAGAUGUGAAUUUUCUGUUUGCUAAAUUGCAGUUUAAAAGAACAGUCCUAUGUGUAUCAGGGUUGGGCAACUGCUGUUGUCGGACUGUUUUUAGCCAACGUCAGGAUGUCAAGAGUUGUAGUUUGACAGAACCUGGAGCCCUGCAGAUGCCCAUUCCUUAGUUUGAUAUACAGUCAUAGGGAAGCAGUUUUUUAUGUAUAUUGAUAGAACUGCAUAGAUGCAUGCUGUAUUUUCAGCAUGCUGUGGGAAGCAGUUUUCUUUUGCACUCCUCGCUUCCUUGCCAAAUGAUUGUGCUUAGAAGUCGUCAGGCACAACAGAGCUUGUUAAGGACAAGUUAAAAAGCUUCCCCAGCCUGCUCUUUUAUCCACAUAUGAAACCUGAGCUAUUAUAUUAUAUCAGUAUCCCUAGAUGGAAUAGGGGGAAAAUGAUGCUUCUUGCAAAAGCAAGUCAUUAUUUUUUUGCACUGCAAGGAACCCUUUAAUUGAGCCAAAGUAACAUUGUCUUUUUGUUUGUCAAAUUCUCAACAGUGUCUUCAAGCUGAAUGGAAGGCGUGUGUAAAUGGUGUACAUUGAUAACUAAAGAUAACCAAGCAUAAUGCUAUACAUCUUGAAUACUUAUGUACAGGUAUGGGAUCUAUUGAACCUUAUCUGUUACAUGUAUGAGAUCUGAGGUUUUUUUGAAUGAGGGGUCUUGCCGUAAUUUAUUUUAGUCUACUAAAAACAUUGAAGGUGGAUAAUAGAUCUCAUACCUAUUGGCGCAUGCAUGCAAAUAGAUAAGGAAAAAAGUGAAUUAUUAAAGUCCCUGGCUGACACAAACAGGAUAAAGCUGUUAAUUAAUUUUCAUUUAAUAAUUUAAUUUUAAUAAUAAGUUCUUGGUUUUUUUUUUAAAUAAAGAAAUAGCUUGUACAUUAGAGGUUUGGCAGUAAUGUGAUCAUGUGCUUUAAGGAGCCUAUUUAUCAUGCUGUGUAAAACAUUGGAGACAAACAUCAAUCAGAUUUUUACUUUUGUAAACCAAUCAGAUUUUUACUUUUGUUUUCUAACUUAUAGGUGACUGUUGAAAUCUAAUUGAUGAUUGGUUGCUAUGUGCAACAUCACCAGUGAUUUUCUUUCUCCAAUGUGUUAUACAACAUGAUAAAUAGGCCCUUAAGUUUUCGAACUCGUAGCUUUCAAAUGGCAGACCAUUAAAUGCUACCUGCUGAUUGGUUUCUAUGAGUUAUAACUGUUAUGUUAUUUUGUACAGAACUUUUAUUUUUAAAAAGGGGAUUUAAUGUGUUAUUGUUCAUUUGUGAAUGUCUUUAUGUUUUCUACCUAUAAAUUGUUCAAAGCUUAAUAGACUCUUGGGGAAAUUAAAAUAUAUGAUAUUGAGAUAAAAUAAAAGGGGUGAUAGGUUUUACAGAUUCCCCGCCAUAUUCACAAACCUCUAGCUCUACUUAGGUUUUUUAAGCAGUUUCCCUUAGUCCCUCCUAAAUCCACCAGUCGGUCAUCAAGUGAGUACCUGUUCUUUAUACUAGUGCCUUUCAGAGAAGACAGUGUCUGCCUCUUAUAAAGACUGGUGUGGGAGAACACAUUCUUUAUAAUCUAAAUCUUCAGUUCAUUUUUCAUCUGUCUGUAAAGUUUCCUUCUUUCACCCAUAAAUGGAGUCAGUAAUUUCAGGGGGAUUUCUGCUUGUAAAUAUGGAGAUUAUAUUUACACCACUUUUAUCACCACUUUUACUCCAAAAACUUGCUUCCUCCACUUUUGUGAAUCCCUCCUUUAUAGAGACUCAUUUACAAAGAAGUUGCUGCCACUGUGUCACUUUAUGAUUAGCUAUAUUAUUAUAUAAUGCAUGUGGGGCCUUAAGUGGAACAUUUAUGUUCUACUUUUAUGGAAACAGUGAGAGGCGCCAAAUAGUUGGGACCUGUAGUAUGUACCUUUGGAGCAGUAAAGAGCCCCUGUGGCCCUGUAUUGGAUUUGUUGGCUAUGCUGUUUUUCUUGCAGGUGUUUUAUUGGCUCAAACCCUAUUUUAAAACUAAAAUAGAUGCCAACUGCCUCCAUUUCAUGGAGAGAAUGGCCCAGCCCUGAAACUCUGUAGAAGUUCAGAGUUCCAAUUGCUAAAGUGGUAUAAAAGGCACAUAUUCGGAAAAACAAUAUAUAACCUGCAGU